AUGGUUGGGAAAAAUCAGGCUCCGGAUGUAGUAUCUCAAGAGAAGAAGAGUAAGGGAAUGGGAAAUAUCGUCGUGAUUUGGGCACGAGCAGGCCCGGGAGCCUGCCCGUCUAAGCCUGCGGUCGCACGUGCUGGAAAUCUUCGUCAAGAUAGAAUGCUCGUCCUUCUGAUGCUGACGCCCAAAAGGGAUGUCAGCGGCACGGACGAGGUUGCCCAGCGCGACCGCAGUGACUUUGGUCAAUAG